UCUGCCCAGAAACCUUUGAGAGGUUUGCAUUCUGGGAAGCUUACCACAGAAGAGCUCACUCAAAAUUUGUCUGCUUUCUGAAGUCCGAUUUCAUAUGUCUCAAUCCUGCGUAAGAUAACACCAUUCUGAGUUACGAUGCCUCGGUUUGAACUGAGGAACAUCUACUUGAUAUCCUCAGUUUUACUCUAGUAAAACAAACGUAGAGAGACAAAGCAGUGAGUGUAGAUACUCUUUCUUUAAAUUAUCUGAAAAAAAUUAACUUGAAGUCAGAUGAACUCAGCUGCUUCUGGUACUGUCACUAGUGUUGGGACCGAAAGACGCAAUGUUCCACUGGAGGCGACAUGGCUCCUAUGAGCUGGAGACCCUUCCAUGCUCACAGAGUGAGCUGGAGACAGAGAAGUAUACCUGGACUUCACUAAUGGAUGUCACCAAAGAUCCAUGUGGUGAAAAGCCUGUCCAGCAGGAGAAGAGUGGCAUCUUGUGCCAGCACCCCAGCUGCCCAGAACGCCCCCUUGCUGCCAAGGUGUGUCACCAUCCUCUGUGUGAAGGUUUAAGGGGUGGUAGCCCGUUGCACCUCUGCGAGUCAUGUGACUCGCGCUGUCACACUGUUCCUGAUGGAAACAUGGUCUUUGACCGACAUCCACGUUUUGACCUGCAACCACAAGGAUCCAUCCUGGCCCGCAACGUAUCCACUCGGUCCUGCCCCCCCCGCACUGGCCUCGUCUCUGACCUGGAGGAGGGGGACGAUGGGGGCUAUGACCUUGCAGAUCGCAAGAGUGGCCCUAUAAACCUAGUAAAGAAGAAAGCAAGGAGGAGACACACAGAUGAUGCCAGUAAAGAGUGCUUCACGCUGAAAUUUGAUUUAAAUGUUGACAUUGACAUGGAAAUAGUACCAGCUGUUAAAAAGAAAUCCUUAAGGGAGGUUCUGGGCACUGUGUUUGAGAGGAAAGGCAUUGAGCUCUCCUGCGUUGAUCUUUUUCUCGAUCAGUCCAACACUCCUCUCUCCCUGGGCUUUGAGGCUUACCGCUUCGGGGGACACUACCUCCGAGUGCGAGCACGGCCAGGAGAAGAGCUCCGUGUUGAGAGGGGGGUGAAGGACCCUAGGUCUCUCAGUCUGCCCAUCAUGAGGCCCUCAAGUGCACGCAGUGCCUCCACCGGUCGUGUGGAGCACGGCUCUCUGGGUCGGCGUGAGGCGUCUGAUCUGCUUGUCAGUUUGGGUCAAGCACGUCGACGGAAAAACAUGACGGAGUUCCUGGGUGACGCCAGCAUUCCCGCUACAGACUCCGUCUCCCAGCUGAGUGGCUCCUUGCCGAACUCAGCUACAGGCACGGAUCGGUGGAAGAACCGUGCCGCCAGCCGCUUCAGUGGCCUCUUCAGCUCCAGCUCGAGCAACGGCUCCGUGGGCAAGCAGGAGUGUGACCGAGUGGAGCAGUUGCAGAGUAAACUCCACUCCUACACGAUGUUCGGAUUACCCACAAUGCCUCAGCAGCUCUCAUUCCACAAAGACUCCUGGGAGGAAGAGCCCAACCUGGAGCUGGAGAACAGCUGGAAAGACCUGCUGGGAAACCCUGAGGCUUUGCCCAAACGACUGUGCCAUCAACAGGAGGCCAUUUGGGAGCUUCUGCAGACAGAGUCAGAUUACAUUAAGAAGCUACACGUCAUCACUGAUCUAUUCCUCAGUGGGUUGUUAAACCUGCAGGAGAGUGGCUUUCUAAGUGAGGUGGAGCCUGCCCGUCUAUUCGGGAACAUCCAGGAGAUUGUGCUGCUCCACACGUCACUGUGGGCUGAUGUCCUACUGCCUGCCUUGGAACGGGCCAGACACAGACGUGCCCUGCUCGACCCAGUGGACCUGCACCAGGGCUUCUGCACUUUUGGUUACAGGUUUAAACCCUAUAUCCGUUACUGUAUGGAGGAGGAGAGCUACAUGGAGUAUAUGCGCACUUUAAUGAGGGACAAUGAACUCUUCAGGAUCUAUGUGACGUGGGCAGAAACCCAUAAGCAGUGCAGCCGCCUGAAACUCACCGAUAUGCUGGUGAAGCCUCACCAGAGACUCACCAAGUACCCACUCCUGCUGAAGAGUGUGCUAAAGAAGACAGACGACCAGGCAGCACGAGAGACUAUCACCAGAAUGGUGGCGGAGGUGGAAUGCUUCAUCAACAGCGUGGACUCUCAGAUGAGGCAAAGAGAAGAGAAACAGAAACUGGCUGCCAUCGCUAGCCGCAUUGAAGCCUACGAGGCCGUAGAGGGUGCUAGUGAGGAAGUAGAAAAGAUCCUCAGGGAGUACAAUCAGUUUGACCUGACGGCUCCGGUGAUGGCCGCCUCGCCGGAGGAGACACGACAGCUCCAUCUGGAGGGAGCGCUGAAGAUGAAGGAGGGUAAAGAGAGCAGGAUGGAUGUGUACUGUCUCUUGUUCACGGAUGUGCUGUUGAUCACCAAACCAGUGAAGCGCGUGGAGAAGGUGAAAGUCAUUCGCCAGCCAUUGGUUAUUCAGAAUGUGGUCUGCAGGGAGCUGAAGGAUCCAGGCACCUUUCUCCUCAUCUACCUCAACGAGUUCCGCACCGCUGUGGCCUCCUACUGCUUCCAGGCCAACAGUGGCAUCCAGGGUCGCAGUUGGGUGGAGGCUAUCUACAACGCACAGAAUCAGCUUGAGCGGCUCCGUGCCAAAUCCCAGAGGGAUGAGAGAGAAGAGGACGAGGAGGAUGGGACAGAGAGCAGCAUGUCUACAUCUAGUUCCCCCUCCCUACAGCACAAGGAACCACUAGACAAGAGCCUUUCUCUCUCACCCAGCCAUUCAGACGGCUCCACUGAGACCCUCUCUGUGGUUGCAAUGGAUGAGCCCGAGGAGGUCAGAUCAUCCAUACCUGUGGAGACAGAACAUGUGUCUCUCAGACAUUCUCUACAUUCUUCGAGCUCAAGGGACUUGCUUUCCACCAGUGAUGGUCAAGCUCUGGAGACGCUGGGUGAUCUGCCCACCAUGGAGGUAGAUCCAGAGAGUCGCUCUCUGUCUGUGGACAGUGCCUACGGAACGCUCUCUCCAGAGUCUCUGAUCACAGAACUGGAGUUGAAGGCAGGCGUAGAACAGAAUGAAGGAGAGGAGACAGACAUAGGAGAGGAAGAGGAGGCCUUCGAGGAAGAUGACGGUGCUGAUGAUAAUGAUGACGACGAUGCAGACGAAGAGGACUCAUUGGCUUGGAAUGGCUCUCAGGUGACUGUUAAUGAGUCAAACAUUUUGGAUGAUCAUUCCAACCUCCAGAAACACCUGGUGGAGGAACCAGAGGAGGUGGAACACAUUGCGGCUGCCUCUCAGGACCUGGGGUGUCGCUCACUGACGUUGCAGCGCCGUUCACCCGUCCACCCUCGUCCGGACUUCCUGCAGCUCUUCUCCCUCAGGUCACGCUCUGAGGAUGACCUUCUCCGAAGACUCGCUUCUCUGCCCCGCACCUCUGAGACGGCCAACCGUAGCAUUAGCAAGAGUUUGUCUCAGCUCUCCAAACAGGAGCUGUCCAGCAACGAGCUCCUACAGACGGAGAUGGGGCAGCCCUACCAGGACCCCAACACUCUACCAGGCGAAGCUACGGACACUCUCAGAAGGGCAGAGACGCAGCUUGUGCACAGGGCCCUGACCUGUCCCAAGUGGGAGAGUGGGAGAACAUCGCCCCCUGGUGCUUUGGAGGGAAAUUGUGACACAGCAGCAUUGCAGCAGCUGCACCAUAGGAAGCUGACCAGGUCUCAGCUGCAAAGAUUACGCACAGCCAUGGUGCUCAACUCCACGCUCACUGCCUCGGAGGUAUAGAGUCUGACAGAACAGAAGCAAGUGCCAUUAGCUGGUCUAUUGGUGGUCUAAACAGUUGCAGUGAUGAACAUCAACACAGCAAUCUCAGUAUCUGUAAGGAGUAUCAGCAUAUUCCCAAGAGCAAAGGUUCAGGAGAAAGGAGGAGCUCAGGAGAAUACACUCAGACACCCCAUCACUGGAAGCCCAGGGACUGUAACACAUGCAUGAAGAUAAUGUAACACAUGCCUUCGGAAUAUGCAAGA